AUGCCCGAUCAGUGGCGGCUUAGUAAAAUAACGCCGGUCCACAAGGGUAAAGGGUCCGUUCAGGAUUGCCGUAAUUACGGCGGUAUAAAGGUGAUGUCACACACCAUGAAGCUCUUUGAGCGCAUUAUUGACACCAGGAUCCGACAGGAGUGUACAGUGUCGGACUCCCAGUACGGUUUCCAACCAGGACGCGGUACCAUGGACCCUAUAUUCGCCCUAAGAAUCCUCAUGGAGAAGCACAGGGAAAAGAAUAUGCCUCUGAAUUUUUUAUUCCUAGACCUGCAGAAGGCCUUUGACUGUGUUCCCAGGGAGAUGAUCUGGUGGGCGUUGCGGUCGAAGUUGGUACCAGAGACCUACGUGUAA